AUGACGAAUUAUGGUUUACCAGGUGAGAAAGGAGAAAAAGGCAAUCCAGGUGUUGGAACACAAGGACCCCGAGGCCCACCAGGAUCUACAGGACCUCCAGGAGAAAGUCGCACGGGAAGCCCAGGCCCUCCCGGCUCUCCGGGCCCACGGGGCCCGGCCGGUCACACAGGACCCCCGGGCUCACAGGGCCCUUCUGGCCCACCCGGGUACUGCGACCCCUCCUCCUGCGCUGGCUACGGCAUGGGAGGUGGAUACGGUGAGCCAACUGAUCAAGACAUCCCAGUAGUGCAGUUGCCACAUAACUCCUACCAAAUCUAUGACCCUGAGGACCUUUACGAUGGUGAGCAACAGUCGUACGUAGUUCACGGGUCCUACCCCUUCCCAUCCCCAUACUCCCAGUCCGCCUAUCCCUCACCUCAUCUCGCUCAACCAGAGUUUACUCCUGCUCGCGAAGAGAUGGAGGCUGUGGAACUGAGAUCCCCAGGAAUCAGUCGCUUCACCAGGAAGAUAGCCAAAAGGGGCGUCGAGACUCCCGUACGCAACAGGGAGAAGGGAAAAAAACCCUCCCAGUGA